CGCAUUUGGCCAGCGUCGCUCCUCCGCUCACAUCCGCUCGCCUCGCUAUUUGUGUUGGAAAAAGGUCUUAGUGAAACGGCAGCGAUGUCAGUCCAGGUUGUGGCAGCGAAAAUGGCAGAGGUCGAACUCAAAGAUGUCCCCACCGUCAAAGACUUGCCAGCCGGUUCUCCGAUGACACCGACCUCGGAGGGCAAGAUCCUCGCCAGAAACGACCCGCACGAGGCCGGUUCCUCUGCCGCUGCUUCCCCUACAGCGGAGCCCUCCGCGAAAGCCGGGGAAGGCAGCCUGGGUUUGCUCACCCCGAACCCCACGAAGAUGCCGCAGGCGUCGGCUAUGAAGCGGUCGGACCCGCAGCAGAACGGCGGAGAGGCUUUUGUCAACCGUGACGGAACCGUUGCCGAAGCGCCGCGGAUGAAAAAGAUCCAGUUUGCAGACCAGAAACAGGAGUUCAACAAGCGUCCCUCCAAGAUCGGCCGGCGCUCUUUGUCCCGCUCCAUCUCCCAGUCCUCCACAGACAGCUACAGCUCAGCGGCGUCAUACACGGACAGCUCUGACGAUGAGACAUCUCCUCGGGACAAACAGCAGAAGAACUCCAAGGGCAAUGGAGACUUCUGCAUCAAAAACAUCAAACAGGCCGACUUUGGACGCAGAGAGAUCGAGAUUGCCGAGCAAGAGAUGCCGGCCCUGAUGGCUCUGAGGAAGCGAGCCCAAGGGGAGAAACCCCUUGCAGGUGCCAAAGUGGUGGGCUGCACCCACAUCACUGCCCAGACUGCUGUGCUGAUGGAGACUCUGUCAGCUUUGGGGGCUCAGUGCAGAUGGGCAGCCUGCAACAUCUACUCCACCCAGAAUGAAGUGGCAGCUGCCCUUGCAGAGGGAGGUUUCAGUGUAUUUGCAUGGAAGGGUGAGUCAGAGGACGACUUCUGGUGGUGCAUCGAUCGCUGUGUCAACGUGGAGGGCUGGCAACCCAACAUGAUCUUGGAUGACGGUGGAGACCUGACUCACUGGAUCUACAAAAAGUACCCCAACAUGUUCAAGAAGAUCAAGGGCAUUGUGGAGGAGAGUGUCACCGGGGUUCACAGGUUGUACCAGCUGUCCAAGGCAGGAAAGCUGUGUGUUCCAGCCAUGAACGUCAACGACUCUGUGACCAAGCAGAAGUUUGACAACCUCUACUGCUGCAGGGAGUCCAUUUUAGAUGGCCUGAAGAGGACCACUGAUGUCAUGUUUGGAGGCAAACAGGUGGUGGUGUGUGGAUACGGAGAGGUGGGAAAAGGCUGCUGUGCUGCCCUCAAAGCAAUGGGCUCCAUCGUCUACGUCACAGAGAUUGACCCAAUCUGUGCCUUGCAGGCGUGCAUGGACGGCUUCAGGCUGGUGAAACUGAACGAAGUCAUCAGACAAGUGGACAUCGUCAUUACCUGCACAGGCAAUAAGAACGUGGUGGUGAGAGAGUACCUUGACCGCAUGAAGAAUGGCUGCAUUGUCUGCAACAUGGGACACUCCAACACUGAGAUCGAUGUGGCAAGCCUGCGGACUCCUGAACUGACCUGGGAGAGAGUGCGCUCUCAGGUGGACCACGUCAUCUGGCCUGAUGGCAAGAGGAUAGUGCUGCUGGCUGAGGGUCGCCUGUUGAACCUAAGCUGUUCCACUGUGCCCACUUUCGUGCUCUCCAUCACCGCCACCACCCAGGCCCUGGCUCUGAUAGAGCUGUACAAUGCCCCAGAGGGACGCUACAAACAGGAUGUUUACCUGCUACCCAAGAAGAUGGAUGAGUAUGUGGCGAGCCUACAUCUCCCAACGUUUGACGCACAUCUUACAGAGCUGACCGAUGAGCAGGCCAAGUAUCUUGGCUUGAACAAGAACGGGCCCUUCAAGCCAAACUACUAUAGGUAUUAAAUAAGUGUUGGAGUUGGACUGAAGAAAUACAAACACUCCAUGAAUCGCACAGACUCAUAGAGGGAGAGGAGGAGGAUGAGGAGGACAGAAGGAAGGACGGACAGAAUAGUCAACACAUCUGCUUUAUAUUUGGGGGGCUCUGACCGAGCCGGGGGGGGGGGGCUUUCCCUACGCUUAUGGCAGUCGUUUUAUUUAUUCACGCUCUACAACAGUAAUAAUAACAUUAACUCUAACUCUGCCAUUAGCUAGCUCCCCGGCGUCUUCUUCCUGGAAGAUGUUUUGCUUCCCUUCCUCUCGUCGUUUCAACACCAUUAACUCUUUAGGCGGUCAUUUGUGUGUCAAGUUGUAGGUACACGCACCAUCCUCCCUUCUCAUUGCCGGAUCUUUUAUUGUUUAACUAUUAAAGAUGAAAUUAUUGAUGCUAAGAAGAUAUAUACUAUAUAAAAAAACAUGAUUAAAAAAAAAUCUGCGUGAAUGAAGAUGACCUUUGAAGAUUUAGUGACAGUUUUUUUUUUUCUGUCGUUUUUUGUUGUAUUUUCUUUUCUACUUUCUUGUGAUCAUGUUUUUGUUUUUCUCUUGUGUAAUAUUGCGAGGGCAGGUUUAGACCUAGUGGGAGGGGGGUUGGGGCGGGAUCUCAGGGUCCAAUCGUAUCAUGUCUUUUAUUUGAUCGUUUCAAUGAGAUUCACCGUUGUCUGUUUUUAAUCUUUUUUUUUUUUUUAUGCAUUCGGUCUCUUUGAAUCAGCUCUGAAUUGUCAUUUUUUUAGUAUGACUGGAUGGUGACCAGUUUUUCCCACCUGUCUCUCAAAGCCACAGUGAAACCAUCUCAUUGGCUGCUUCUUUCUCAGCUUCCAGCUGCUCACAAGACGCCAGUGUUGAAGUAAUGAAAAGUAUUUCAAGCUAGUGAGAGCUAACCUUUUCAUUUUGUCUUUUCCUUUACCAAGAAUGACUAUACUGUAUUAGAAACAUGGCAAGUUGUCCGAACAUUACAAAGGGUAUACUGUAUAUUUAGAUAUUUAUAUUGAAAUUAAGAUUUUUCUAUCUUUGCUUUCCUGUGCGCCCCUGGGGGGGAAAAUCAACAUGUCAAAAAGAUAAGCAAUUAAAUGUUCUGACGAUAGGUGUAAUAAAUGUAUCAUUUUGAAAACUGUGACAGAAAAUAUUUACAGGGAUACCAAAUGUGCAGCAAGUUCCUGCAGGACGGUACUUAAGCAGAUAUGUUGAAACAGGUCCUAGAAAGCGUGGUGCUGUUGAGAUUUACUGUACUGACCAUACACACCACAACUCUUUUGAUACAGUCAAAGGGUUCAUCUCUUAAAAACAUACAAUCUAGAAUCUGAAUUCCACCAUGAUUUAUUUUCUUUUCAUCCAAAAAACACAUUUACCACCUCUGCAAUUUCAUGGAUCCCCCCCCCCCCUUUUUUUUUUAAAACAAACAAAACUAUCUCAAUACUUGGCAUGUUAUCUCCGAUAUAUUUUAGUUUCUUCUUCCCCACCUGAAAAGUGUAGAUUCUACCAGCAUAAUGAGCUGCACAGUUGUCAUCCUUGGCAGCUGGUCCCCAGCAGACCUGACGGUAGAAAUUAGCAAGCCCUAACAGUCAUUUCACCUGGCAAGUGCACCCCUGCCGUUAUAUCGGCUCUGCACCUGAUCCAAUCAGAAACUAACAUGCUGAGUGAGGAUGCCAGCUCUACUCACAGAGAGGGGUGAGGUGCUUAAACACACAAGUACAGUAAGCAGCUCAUUAUCCAGGUGUGAAAAUUACUGAACAUUAUAUGGAAAAUAAACAUUACCAUUUUAUAGCUUUUGAACAGGAAGAAAUAGUACAAUAAGCUUUGUUUACCAGUUGAAUAAAUACAAAUGUGCUUCCACAUUUCAUGCAGUUCUGUUUUUGUGUGACUUUAUGACUGAUCUCACCACUGUACAUGAUAUUUAAUGCCGACCAAAGUCUUUAAAGGAAUAGUUUGACAUUUUGGGAAAUACACUUAUUCGCGUUCUUGCAAGGAGUACCACUCUCGUGUCUACAUGAUAAAUAUGUUAACCGAAGCCAACUGGCUGCUGGUGCCGGCAGCCAGUUGGCUUCGGUUAGUGUAAAGUUUUGCAGCACCAGCACUUUUAAAGCAGUUUUUUGUACAAAUGAAACAUAGACAUAACAUGUUAAUUUGUUGGCUUUAAAGGUACUUGUAGGUGGAUUUUGUUACCUUUGGAGAGGGCUAGGCUUUCUCCCUGGUCCCAGUCAGCUAAGCUAAGCAGUGGCUGGCCCUAGCUACAUAUUUACUGUACAGACAAGGGAGUGGUAUUCGUCUUCUCCAUCUCAACUCGACAAAAAAGCGAAUGUAAGGGUAUUCCCCAAAUUGUCAAGCUAUUCCUGAAAAAUUUGGCAAAAACUAAUUGAAGUCUAAAAAAAUUAAAGGUGUGUAGGAACCUCUCAGAUUAAACAAGUGUACGCCCAUACGCAGCCAUGCAAUAACAAGAUCCUACACUGUCACAGUCCAUGCCAAAUAAAUGUCGACUUGUUCCCUGUGUG